AUGGUUAAUGACAAGUGGCUGGACAUCAUGCCUCAUACUAGCAUCACUCAUCUCCCUUCUGUGGGCUCUGAUCAUUGCCCCUUGCUCUUGGAAAUGGUGGAUCAUCAUCACAACCCCAUCAAGUACUUCAGAUUUUUGAAUUGCUGGCCAGACCAACCCUCAUUCAUGGACACUAUCAAGGAGUGUUGGAGCAGAUCAGUAGCAGGCAAUCCAAUGUGGAGCUUUCACCAAAAAAUGAAGAGACUAGCUUCCACUCUUAGCAGGUGGUCCAGAAAUCAGUUUGGAGACAUUUAUGCUAGAGUUAAAGAAUAUGAGGAGGAAGUUAGACAAGCUGAAGAGAACCUGAUCAUUAUGCACUCCAAUGAAAACAGGUCUAAGCUUCAUGCCAUCAAUGCUGAAUACAUCAAAUACCUGAAAAUGGAAGAUGCAAUUCUCAGGCAAAAAACUCAGCUGCACUGGUUUAAAGAAGGAGAUGUGAACUCUAGCUAUUUUCAUGCCUUGAUCAGAGGUAGGAGAAGGAAGCUGUAUAUUCACAGGAUCCAAACUGAAGAAGGUUCUUGGGUGCAAGGAGAUACUGAAAUAGCUGAAGCAGCUUGCAAGCACUUCCAAGACAUAUUCACUAGAGAGGGAGUUGAGAGAUCAUGA